CGCGCAGCACGCUCUGGGCCGGGAUGGCGGCGGCGGCGGCGGCGGCAGUGACUGGCAACGGGGUACCCCGAGAAGAAGAUGGGCCUGUGAGUGAGGCAGCGGCCCCACAGCCUCAAGCCCCGACGAAUGCGCCCGGGGCUCGUCUUUCGAGGCUACCACUGGCUCGAGUGAAGGCCCUGGUGAAGGCGGACCCCGACGUGACGCUCGCCGGACAGGAAGCCAUCUUCAUUCUGGCACGAGCCGCGGAAUUGUUUGUGGAGACCAUUGCAAAAGAUGCCUAUUGCUGCGCUCAACAAGGAAAGAGGAAAACCCUCCAGAGAAGAGAUUUGGAUAACGCAAUAGAAGCUGUGGAUGAAUUUGCUUUUCUGGAAGGGCGACUAGAGAUGGGCUCAGAUGUUGAUGUUAUGCUAGGGACCUCCAAAGGCCAGAACACAAAAGGCUUCACUUUAUGA